CCGCGGGACGCUUCUUUGCUAGAGGUUGUGGGAACGCUGUUCAUUCACGCGCUUUCGUACACACCGUUUACUAUGCUUUCAUUCUUCUUCAUCUCUUCUUCAUCUCGAAAAUUCCAUCUUUCAUCUCCAUCUUCUGAACUUCUCUGUUCUAGCUUUUAUCCUCUCUCUUUACCUUUGAACCCUUGUUUUACCUGAUACCGAAACGAUCCUGGUUUCGUUACUCCUCUCCGUGUUCCGUUAAAUUCAUUUCCUUUGAAAUGGCUUCCUCUUCUACACCCAGCCAUGAUCAGAUUCGUCCCAAAAACGCUUUUGAGCAGCUCGCACCAUGUUUCUCUGUGUCUGCAUCUACGGGGCCCUGGCAGAUAUUCAUUAACCAUCGCGGAAGCGAUACGAAAUACACAUUUGCCAACAAAAUUCAGGAAAAACUUGAUGGCAUGGGAUUUCGAGCUUUCCUUGAUGUAGAAGCACUUCAGCCCGGCGAUUUGAUACCAGCAGAAAUACAAGCAGCAAUGACCAGUGCCUCCCUUCACAUUGCAAUUUUGUCUCCCGACUAUGCCGAAUCCCCAUGGUGUUUGGCUGAGCUAGCUUUCAUGCUCCAAACUCCUGCUAAAAUCAUUCCCGUUUUCUAUCAUGUUGAGUCCUCAGAUGUCAGAUGGGUACAAAAAGGAAUAUAUGCUCAUGCAUUUUCAGAAUAUGGAAAGAAAGGCAGGUACACCCAGGAAAAGCUCGAUGAGUGGAAAACGGCACUCCACAACAUUUCAUUCCGUUCCGGCUACCCGGUUAACAAUAACGAGGACGAGGCCAGAGUUUUAAAGAAUAUUGUGAAUCAUGCACUUCAAAUCUUGAAAAAAGAUCCCUUAUGGGUAGCCGAACAUCCACUUGGAUUGGAUGAACUGGUACAAGGCCUCCAAUCAAUCGCCAGUGAUGACAACGAAAAAAUCACGGGGAUCGUGGGCAUGGGAGGUAGUGGUAAAACCACAUUGGCCAAAGAGUUCUUCAACAGGAAUUUUUCCUGCUUUGAAAAAUGCAGUUUUGUUGAAGACGUGCGAGAUGCAGCAUCCAGAAAAGUUCUGCCUGAAAAGCAGAAAAAGCUUCUAAAAGACCUCGGUGUGCGUCAUUUGCCAUUCGACAGUGUAGAUGAAGGCAAGGCCGUUCUUGGAAAUCGUUUGAGCUCUCAUCGGGCGCUCAUCGUUUUGGAUGACGUGGAUCAUAUCGACCAGUUGAAUGCUCUCUUGCCAAAUAAGGACAAUCUUGUAUCCCAAAGUAUGGUUAUUGUGACAUCCCGGGAAUUGGGUGUCCUUCAAUCAUGGGGUCUGUCCUGCAUUUAUAAAAUGCCAAGAUUUAACCAGUUACAUGCUAAGCAGUUAUUCUGCUGGCAUGCUUUCUUGCAACCCUUUCCACAUGCUGAAUUUGAAACUCUGGUUGAAGAGUUCUUAAAGGCUUGCAAUGGUUUACCUCUCUCACUGAAGGUAUUGGGUGCACAAUUACAUGGCAGAAAGUCCAAAGAUUACUGGGAAUCCCAGUUACAUAAAAUGUUAAGAGUAUUGCCUGGCGACAUCAAAAAAAGUCUACAGCUUAGCUACGAUGCUCUGGAUGAAGAAGAACAAGAGAUGUUCUUGGAUGUGGCUUGUUUUCUCAUUGGAGAAAGGAAAAGCACUGCUAUAGCAGUGUGGGAUGGAAUGCAUUGGAGUGGUCUGCACGGUUUACAAACACUUGUGAAUAAGUGUCUUGUGGAGCUGGUUGACGAGGGAGAUUAUCGGAGAGGACACUUCUUCCACGAGAUGAGGGAGAAGCUAAGGAUGCAUGAUCAUCUCAGGGAUAUGGGAAGGGAGAUUGCAAGUAGACACUCGUCAAAUCGUCUUUGGCAGCCACAGAUUGAUGACAUAAAGAAACAUUUCAAGAAAGAAAUGCCAAUUCGAGGGAUACAACCUCCAGCUACUUUUGUCGCAUACAAAGAGUACACGCAAUUAAUGGGAAUCUCAAGUAGAUUAUCAAAUGGAUUAGAAAUUCUUCAUGUAGAAGGAAAUGAUUUCACAGAAAAUUUUGCAUCGUUAUCAGAACAUCUUGUGUGGCUUCGCUGGGAAGGUUUUCCCCUAAAAAGAAUUCCAGUAUGGCUUACAUUAAGACAUUUAAGUGUUUUAGAGAUUCAUGGUGCUGAUGAGCUGGAAGAAUUGUGGGAAGAUAAUGUGGAUCCUCCUGAACAAUUGAGAGAGCUUAUUAUACAGAGGAGCAGAAAAUUGAAGCGGCUUCCAAGCUCAAUUGGACGUCUUCACUAUUUGAAAAAGCUUUUAUUUGACUUUGACGGUAGCAGUUUGCCAGAACAGUUCUGUGGCCUCCAAUCGCUGGAGUAUUUGUUGUUUUUUGCUCCAAAUCUAUCUUCACUGCCUGAUGGUUUUGGCAAUUUAAAAAGCUUGAAGUCUAUAAAGCUACGUUAUUGCAAGCAGUUGAGCGAGUUGCCAGGUUCUUUCACGCAGUUGAUACACCUGGAAAAGCUAGAAAUAUUAGAUUGUGAAAUUCUGUCCUCACUACCUGAUGGUUUUGGCAAUUUAAAAAGCUUGAAGUCUCUAUAUCUACAAAAUUGCAAGCAGUUGAGCGAGUUGCCAGGUUCUUUCACGCAGUUGAUACACCUGGAAAUGCUAGAAAUAUCAUAUUGUGAAAUUCUGUCCUCACUACCUGAUGGUUUUGGCAAUUUAAAAAGCUUGAAGUCUAUAAAUCUAUGUUAUUGCAAGCAGUUGAGCGAGUUGCCAGGUUCUUUCACGCAGUUGAUACACCUGGAAAAGCUAGAAAUAUCAGAUUGUGAAAUUCUGUCCUCACUACCUGAUGGUUUUGGCAAUUUAAAAAGCUUGAAGUCUAUAAAUCUAUGUUAUUGCAAGCAGUUGAGCGAGUUGCCAGGUUCUUUCACGCAGUUGAUACACCUGGAAAUGCUAGAAAUAUCAGAUUGUGAAAUUCUGUCCUCACUACCUGAUGGUUUUGGCAAUUUAGAAAGCUUGAAGUCUAUAUAUCUACAAAAUUGCAAGCAGUUGAGCAAGUUGCCAGGUUCUUUCACGCAGUUGAUACACCUGGAAAUGCUAGAAAUAUCAUAUUGUGAAAUUCUGUCCUCACUACCUGAUGGUUUUGGCAAUUUAAAAAGCUUGAAGUCUAUAAAGUUUUGUAAUUGCAAGCAGUUGAGCGAGUUGCCAGAUUCUUUCAAGCAGCUGAUGCACCUGGAAAAUCUAAAUUUAUUGGGUUGUGCCAAGCUUAAACUGAAAUUAGAUGUACUUGAAAACAUCAAGAAGCUCGCGUUCUUGGGACUCGGAGGUUGCGAGGAAAUAGAAGAUCUGCCUCAUCAAAUAGUGAACCAGGCAUCCUUGAAAAGCUUGGAUCUAACAGGUUGCAUCAAGUUGAGAGCUUUACCUACUAACAUUGGUGCACUGGUCAAAUUAGAGUCAUUUGAAAGUCCGAUGUUAAAAUGCUUGCAAACUUCUCUUGUAAACUUGUGCUCAUUGAAGAAGAUUAGAAUUAUAGAUUCUAUUGGUGAAAUGGAUUUUGAUGCCCGGGCUGAAGACCACAAACAAGUCUCCAGGAUAUCAAUUUCCAGUAAUUGUUUUCCCGAUCUUGAAACUUUCGAUGUUGAGAAAAAUCUCCAUUUAAUGGAGAUAGAGACACUGCCAGUCUCUCUCAAAACCCUAUCAAUAAGAAAAUGCCACGUGCUGAAGAAUAUUGGGUGUAUUAGUGGUCUCGUAAGCCUUAAAAAAUUGCUUAUAUGUGAUUGUCCGCAGAUACAAGAACUCCCAAGCUUUGCUGAUUUGGUUUCGCUGAAAGAAUUUGAAAUGGCGGAUUGCCCCAAAGUUGAAAAAAUAGAAGGUUUGCAACACUCCAAGUCAUUGAAGGAUCUGUUGCUUCGAAAUACCUGUUGGAAGGUGCCCGGUAUACAAAGUUUGGAGAGAGUGGAACGAUUGGACGAACUAGUGCUCGAAUGUGACACCAUAUCAGCUGUGAAACCUUGUAUUCAGUCUAUGAAGGAAUGCCCAAGGUAUCUGGAGAUACAAGGUAGCGUGAGCCGUGUCGCGGAGCCAGCUGUAAACUCUUUGGCGUUUCCUGAUCUUGUGGUCAACGAGGUGGAUGAGACGUCCGGACAUUUGUAUAAGGGUGCUUGUUUGUUUUAUUUGGAGGGAAAGGAGAAGAAUGAGGAGGAGAGGAAAGUGGUACGAAUACGUGUGUGCGUCGACCGGAAUCUUUAUAUGUCCAUUCACUCAUUUCGGUUCCGGGGAAGUGUUGAAGUAGAGAGAGAGAGCGCAGUGGUAGUUGAGGGAAGAAGGGAAAGAGUGGUGGAGGCAUUUUACCGAUUAUUAGCACGUCUGGAAUAG